UGCUUGUUAUCUGAUGGUGACCCUGUGAUCUGUUUUAUUACCUGUUGAUUUUUAAGCCUUUUUGCUUCACUGGUGAUUCAUCAGUCUAGCCCUGGAUUCUAUAAUGGACAAACCAGCAGAUGACUUUUUGUAAAACCUGCACAGAAAUGAGGGGAGUACAGAAUACUGCCAGCUGCUGAGGAAUUUAAAAGUUCUGUCUACUUCACCAUGGGCAAAGGACAGUCCAAAUCUUACGACUUCACUGGAGAAUCUGUGAAGAAGAGAUCAGGCAGCAAGAAAUCCAAUGGUGUAGAAGCUAGGACAUCUAAAAAUAUAGACCCUGAUUCCGUGAAUUCUGGGAAAUCAGAAAAUGUGGACUGCACACCUAUAAAUAGAACCAGUCUCCCAGUGACCAAAGAGGAGCCGAUAAACGAUAGCAGUGCUCAUGCUCAAGAAAAUUCUAAUGCAGUGAGUGGUGAACAAAAUACUACAACCACUAAAAAUUCAGAGGAAUCUAGUGAAACAAAUAAUAUUGAUGAUUCUAAAGAUUCUGUAAAUGCUAAUAACAGUAGUGAAGAAAAUUCUGAAACUAGUAAAACAGUGAACUCUGAGGAAACUACACUAAAAGUAGAGGACCAGAAAGAAGAGAAAUCUGAAUCAGAAACUUUGGAACAAGGUCCCUUAGAAGAAGAAGAUCUUGACAAAGACGUUCAAAACCAAGCGGAGGAACCUCAGAAAGAGGCUGAAGAUUUGAAAGAAAAUCAGAAAGAGGCUGAGGAGUCUGAAGUAAAGAACACUGAAGAGGAGGAGACAGGAGAAGGUCCUGAGGACACAAACAAGGAGCCACCCUCAGAGGAGCCUAGCUCAGUAGACAAUAAAGAGGAGGAGCCAGCAGAUAACACAGAGGAGGUACCACCAGAUACAACGGAGGAGGUACCCCCAGAUACCACAGAGGAGGAACCAGCAGACACGACAGAGGAGGAAGCCACAAUAGCAGACGACUCACAGCCAGACAACACAGAGCAGACAGAAGAUCAGGAGGAACCAGACCAAGGAGAACCAGUCCAGGUUGUCACAGACGGUGUUGGUGUGGAGCAGCAGGAAGAUUCAGUAGAGGAUAUGGCAGACACAGUGUCAGCAGUCGUCUGUAGAGAAUCUGAUCUCAAGGAUGGAGAGAUGAAGGAGUUUGACCUUGGUGAUGGUAAGGUCCUAGUUGUCCGUGAAGGACCAGAAUUCCAUGCUCUGGGAUCUAAGUGUACUCACUACGGGGCUCCACUCAUCAAUGGAAGUCACUGUAAUGGCAGGGUCCGCUGCCCCUGGCACGGAGCUUGCUUCAGUGUGAAAACGGGGGAUAUAGAAGACUUCCCAGGACUAGACAGCAUUCCAAAGUUCAAGACUGAAGUCAAGGAUGGCAAUGUUAAAGUCACUGCCAGCAAAUCAGCACUAGCUGAUCCUAAAGUCCAGCGUAACAUGUGUAAAGCAGCCAAACCCAGUGACAAAAAAGUCCUUAUCAUAGGUGGAGGCCCCUCCUCUGUGACUUGUGCUGAAACAUUGAGACAGGAAGGGUUUACUGGAGAAAUCACCAUAGCAACACAAGAAAACAACAUUCCGUACGACAGACCCAAACUUAGCAAGGCAUUGGACAUGACAGCAGAUAAGAUAGCUCUAAGGAGCUUGGACUUUUAUACCAAAGCUGACAUUAAUAUCCUUAAACAGAAACAGGCGACUGCUGUAGACACUUCCAGCAAGACAGUCACCUUCAAAGAUGGCAGCACAGAAUCGUACACGUCACUAGUCGUCGCCACAGGAGGGCGACCACGAGUGUUACCAAUCCCAGGAACGGAUCUAGAGAAUGUUUAUCAGCUGAGAACUCCAGAGGAUGCCAAUCAAAUCGCGGAAAAGGCUGCAGGCAAAAAUGUUGUCAUUAUUGGAUCCUCGUUCAUUGGGAUGGAGGUGGCAGCUUCUGUUGUAGACAAAGCUAGAUCUGUAUCUGUGUUAGCUAGAGGAAAAGUCCCAUUUCAAAAUACUCUAGGAUUAAAAAUUGGCACCCUGCUCAAAAAGAUGCAUGAAGACAAUGGAAUGAAGUUUUAUUUUGAGAGGGGGAUCAAGGAAUUUGUAGGGAGUGAUGGUAAAGUGACUGAAGCUGUUUUAUCUGAUGACACAAAGCUACCAGCAGAUGUGUGCAUUAUGGGAGUAGGUGUGGUUCCUGCUACUGAUUUCAUCAAAGAUUCUGGUAUAGACAUGACUAACAGAGGAUUCAUUCCUGUAAAUAAAAUGAUGCAGACAAAUCAGUCAGAUGUCUAUGCUACUGGUGACAUUGUGGAAUUCCCACUCUUCAGUGUUGGAGAUCAAAAAGUUAAUGUCCAGCACUGGCAGAUGGCUCAUGCACAUGGAAAAACAGCAGCCCUUGGAAUUUUGGGAAAAGAUGAACCAAUUAGAAGUGUGCCAUUCUUUUGGACAGUACAGUAUAAGAAAAGCAUUCGCUACACAGGUUAUGGUCCAGGAUAUGAUGACAUCAUUGUACAUGGAGACCUGGAUGCUCCCAAGUUCAUUGCCUACUACACAAAAGGAGAUGAGGUGGUGGCAGCUGCAAGUUUGAACUUUGACCCCUUUGUGUCCCGCAUUGCUGAUAUGAUGCUGGCUGGAGAAAAGAUCCUAAAAAGUGAAGUUCAGUCCAGUGCCGAUGGCUGGAUGUCAAGGUUUGAGAAACUCUCCAUAAAGGCCUAGGAUCCCCUAAAUCAUGCUCAUAUCAUCCAGACCAAUCACCAUUUCCAGUGCUGAGGCAAUAAAAACAAUUACAUGUGUAUAACUAGUGCAUUACUUAUCAAAUUAUUUAGUAACUUUUUGCUUCUGACAGAGAAACUGUAUGUAGUGUGUGAUUCUGUAUAUCUGAUAUUAUCUAAGAAAUGUGCAACAAAAUAAGUGCUUUACAUGUAUUUCAAGUUUUAAAGAAAGAAAUGGUAAAUGGGUGUAAAUGGAUUUACUACAGUGUAGUUUUAUUGAAUUUUCAAAAAUGUGUACAUGAACUAUUUUUUUUCAAAGAAUUAUCAUUACGACUGUACAUCUUAGGAAAUAUUAUAUAACAAUAAAUCAGUAUAACCU